AUGUCCUCCAGGACUCAGCCUCGGCCUCAUCAUAAUGGUUUGAACGGAGAAGCACUCCGGUCGCGGCAAACCAGCAGAAUACCAACAAAGCCAAGCAGCAUCGGAACCAGUAAUAGGAGCGAAAGCAAAGCACAAGAUGUAUCGCGACUUCCGAAGCGAUCGAGUCGCAGCUUGUUGCCUGUAGAGAUCCAGACGAAGAGUUCGCGUAGCCCACGAGAGCCGAUAUCCGCCCAGUAUGGCUCAGCAGGAUCAUCAAACGACAGGUCUACUACUGCCGUCUCGACAUCAGCACCACAACGCCUCAGUCUACUUUCACCGCCUCCAACAAUCCGUACUCCAUCGCUGGUGUCGGGGUCCUCCGUCUCGACGUUUGACAGCCCACGCUCAAGCGCUCUACGACGAAAGCCAUCCAGUGCAAUUGACCACUAUGCUGCGCAGAAAAGGGCAGGCCAGUCGAUCAACGAUGGCGAUCGAACUUUACUGCGUGGCCAUGCUGACAUUUAUGCCGAAUCGAACGAAGACGUAGUGUUUGGGACUUUCUUUGGCGAGCACGUCGCAGGAGGGCGUACACGUGAUACGGUUUCUCCAUACGAGGAAGAAAUUCCGAUUGGCGUCAUAUUCAAUGCCACACCACCACUUGCGAUGUAUGCGCCUUCCAUGACACCUUCAACUCGUUACACGGACUCGCCUUUUAGUCACGUCGCCACACCGAGCUCGGCCUCUUCAAUAUCAUCCAGCAUUGCUGCAACUAGCCAUUCAGCUGUUAAUACCUUCAUGCCGAGUCCGCAAAAACGCCGACCUUCGUUGAGUGCUAGAAGUGCAUCAAAAGACGAGACAUUGCGCCUGGCGCCUGUGCGGGAAUCUUCAACAUCAUCAUCGAAUAAGACAGUCCGACCCUCAACCUCAAAGUCAAAGUCUCCGCCCACCAAGCAGAGUGCACCACGCAAGGUCUCGACAACAGUUUCACCGACGAAGACUGGCGGUUUGCGUAAACAGAGUUCUCGUAACAGACUUGUCAAAGAACCGCCUUCAGCAUCGGCGGGCAAGCGGAACGCGCAAAACCCGCCUGAACUCGCUCAUCUCGACAUUGAUACUUCGUCAAAGUCAGAAGGCAAGACCAUUGCACCUGCGAGGCCAAGUAGAGAUGGUACCUCGAGCAUCCUUGAUAUCGGCGGACCGGCUCCGGUUGUGCAAAGCGAUCUGCCAAAACUUUACACGGGAUAUCACAAACGAACUCCGUCACAGGACACUCCCGAGUCGGCCGGUUCUUCGAGCCUGAGAAGCCGUUUCGGUCUUUCGUCCAAAUCAUCUAUACGAAAUGACUCUCCACGCAUCGAUUCUGCCAUGUCACCGCAGUCCGUGACCAAACCAUUCAACCGUGGUUCUACGUCUGACAACGCCUCGAACGACAAUCUGCAUCUGGAACGCAAAGAUUCGCCGGCAGUCUCUAUUGGCAAAAGUUCAACCAAGUCUCAGCGCUUUGGAUUCUUCUCGCGCAAGUCUAAAUCUGAAGGAGCCAAGGUGCUUGAGAAGCCGAAAAGACCAACUGUUAAGGGCCCGGCGGCUGGGACUGGCCAUGAGGGUUACGGCAGAUUCGGCAUCCGAGGUCGAAGCAGUAGUUCUCUUAGCAGCAUCGGAGUUCGAUCGCCUAGUACUGAUAGCAAUGUCAGCAACAUGCCCACAGCUCAAGCGCGAAGGAAUAUCAGCAUGAGUAGUAAGGAUAGCACAGACCUGGACGACUUUUUGCGCGAACGCCUGAAUCCAGUGGUCUUGAGGGGAAGUGGCAUCGCUCCUUCCGUGGCUUCAACGGUAAUCAGCCUCACUCCGCAGGAGCCAGGAUCAGAACAAGCGUCGACGAAUGUAUCACCCCGCAGCAGCUAUGCAAAGCCGCAGCUGCUCCCAUCCGCGAUGCAAAAGUCGAAGAGCACGUCACUAAGCAAACGACCCACACUGGACAGGAGGUUGUCUUCCGAUAUUUCCGAUGAUGACUCAAGAUCAAUUUUCCGACCUUCAGGGACCCGAAGAGCUGCUUAUCGUCUGUCUCAAACAAGCACCGCUUCCUCGCCGGGUCGUGAAUUCAGCGUCGGCAGUAGACGUGUUCCUAUGAAACCAGGCUCAGUCGACAGCUACGACGAUGAGAUUUUAAUCGGAUCAAUGACGUCCAAUCUAGUUGACGCAUCGAACAAUUACAGUCAUGGAGAGGAAGGCCUUUGGCUACGCUCCGGACCUCCGGAACCGGUGAAGAGGCCAUCACGCAAAUUUCCCUUCUUCCAAAGAGCUCAAUCUUCGCCUCGUCGCUCAGAUCAGAAUAAAGUCACCACUUCUCCAGCAUCCCUGAGUUUUAGUGAACAGGCUAUUUCUUUGACAUCCGUGGCUCACUACGGUAUGCCAGAGACUGUAGAGCCUGUGGGACUGGAAGAAGUUGCGCGCAUGGUCCGAGAGGGAGAAAUGUCUCCUGGAGCAUCCAGCUCGGAGAGAACUUCGAUCAGCAGCGCAUUCCCGCCGUCGCGUCGUCACAGCUAUUUGCCGGUUUCUGAGAAGAGCAGGGCUUCAGGUGAUGGAUCUGUCAAGUCAACAACCACACCAACGAUCAGGGUGCAGCUCCAGCGGCCCACCGAAGGCGCCGUCCUCAUCAAUGCGCCAAGAACUCACACACGCAAGGCAGCCAGUACCUCAGGAAUAGCUAGACCUGUACAGAAGUCGUCAAGCCGCGACGCGAGGACGUCUGCCGUCCGGACCCCCGACAUGCGACCCAACAUGAAUACGCCUGAGUCAGGGGUGUUAGUCGCUACUCCGGAACAAUUAGCUCCGGAGAGUUCACCCAGACCACCGAGAUUAUCGCCAGUUGGCCGGAUACCUCGGGUCGUUUCCAAGCGCGAUCGCGAUCGCAAGCUGCCAGACAACUCAUUCUCCCGUCCGUUCGCUCAGAGCCAGCCUCGACCCAGCGUGAAACCUCCAGGUUCAGUCUACAAUCAGAUUCGCGAGAUGGCGAGCCCUGUGGAAGGCGUCUCUCACCCCAUAUCCAGCACGAGUGGGCGGUCCGAGAGCACCAUCGAGAGUCGCAAGAGUGGCACGUUCACCAGUGCGCCUAGUCUGUCCACCGGGCGCACGAGCGUCGACCUGCACGCACAAAACGAAUUCUUAGCAUUUCCGUCUCGCAAAGGGUCGGAUCAGUCGUAUUCGACGAGCUCUGGGAGCCAAUCUUGGUACAUCACCGCUCAUGCGCAAUCCAAGCAACAGGACGAUAUCUGGAAUGAGUACAAUGACCUCAUGGAUGAAAUCCUACCUCGUGGCACUCCCGUCAUGCCAUCAUCCUUCGAGCGACCAGCUCAACCUUACAACGGUUUCGGUGACUCCAGCUCUGCGCCGUACUAUUUGCCGCCUAUCAGCGGUGCACCGCCAUCAAUUGACUUGCCUCUACCUCCUAGCGCAAAUUCCGUCCCAAACAUCAUGAGCAUGCCUCAUCAGAUUGCACGGUUCCUUCAGCCGUCAUUAUCUCCACUCAUCUCUGAAUCGCUCUCGGCAUUCAUCAGUGGCUACAGCGCCGCGGGAACUAAUAUCUACCCUCCGCAAAAUCGUGUCAGCGCCAAUACCUCUGGCGUUCCCGAACCCCGACGCUCAAGCACAACAAGCAUCCGACGUGCAAGUCUUACAUCUUCCCGCAAUAGUCAGUUGUCUGGGCAUUCUCGAGCAUCGUCGCUACCUGAGGUCCUCAAGCGCAGCUCGCGAUCGAGUGUCUCAGGACCUAUCCAUGCGUCGACGACUCAGCUUGCAGAUAUCGCAGAGGUCACGCCUAUUGAUCCCGCUAAGAGUAAAUCGCUUCGAUAUGGGGCCAUGAUGACAAGCAAGUGGCUGUCCUUCGGUCGCGUGCUAUUUAGCCCUGCUCAUCACGAGCUGCAACUAGCAGAUGAGCCGCGAGUACUCAUCGUGGACGGCCUCGGAAGCGAUUGGUCUUACUAUGUAGCCCUGACUUACAAGAUGGCUUCCGUCUACAAUCUUUGUCCAGAUAGUCUAAGCUCACCCACGAGCAGCUGGCCGGAUCCCGAACAGAAGGCGCCGCGGAACCACUUCCAGAUUCCUUUUUCUGGCCUUGCAUCGCCUAUUCCAUUUCCCAAAGGCUUUUUCAACGCUGUGGUGUUCAGAUUCCCAAUCUCCGCUUCAGAGGACGCUUACAAGUUCUUCGUCUCUGAAUGCAAACGCGUGCUCCGACCUGGCGGUUUCUUGGAAGUCGCUGUAUUGGAUCUAGACCUCGUCAACAUGGGCAACAAUAUGCGCAAGGCUGUCCGCGAUCUCAAGACAAGAAUCCAGCGACGUGACCAAAACUUAUGCCUUCAGAAUCUUAGCGACGUUCUCAUUCGCCUGAUUGGCCGUCGGGGUUUCGACGACGUUCAGCGCUGCAUCGUUGGCGUGCCUGCCGUCGGCCGAAUUCCUCGCAGCCAGGAUCUCAGCAGCGCCAGCUCUGACGACUUGACUAACGCCAUUCGGCCGUUGCGCCGUUAUCAGAAAUCUGGCGAAGAAAGCGAAGACCUACAAUUCAGCUUUGCUGACCUGCUGGACGACUCUGCAACUCUUCAAUUCGUGCCCGGCAACGGAGCCAACGAUGAGAGCAUCACCAAGAUGGUGGCAAAGGUCGGUCGUUGGUGGUACUCCACGUGCUAUGAACAGGUCGACAACACCAUUCAGCACACCAUCUGGAGCGAUCGUUCGCUAUUGCAAGAGUGCGAAAGGAACGGCACAAGCUUCCGCUUGCUCAUUUGCCAUGCACAAAAACCUUCCGAGCCACGCCGCCGGACUGUCAGCGUAUAA